AUGGCUGCUCCCGAUCGCCAUGCGUCGACAGGAAGCGACAGGAGAGCGUCGACGCGACUAUCAAUACAGCUGAGCAGCGAUGAGGAUUAUGAUUUGGACCCAAUGGCUAUCUCCGACGGAUUCAGGCCAGCAGACGUCGCAGCGAACCAUGAUCGAUCACCUCCCAGCACGUCACAACAUCACGAUCAGCCUCAGGGGAGUCAGGGCAGACGGACACCACCCCCACGGCCUUCGAGUACGACAAAACCGAAAUACGAUUCGUUCGCCUUGCGGCAUGAUGGUGCUAUGGGGCCAGUCGCACCCAGGAAUUUGACGGCAGCGUCCACUUCAAACACGGCACCGACUCGGUCGUCGAGUGUCUCGACAGACAUGACAUUUGUGAGAGCCGAAAGCCCCUAUCAAGGCCCGACAGGGCCUUCGCACCCAUAUCAAAUGUAUCCACAGGAGUCGCGACUAGCAAGGACGGCGAGCAUGGCAACAACUUCCACUGUCCCAGCACCCGAGAGAUCGUACUCCGGACCCAGCGGACCUACACACCCUUAUGGGAUGUAUCCUCAAAAUACAGUUCCAGAGGCCGAUAGUCCUCAUGAGCAAGAUCAGAUUACGCCCGUUCCUGUUGGGUUUCCGGGAUUGAACAAUACUUAUCAUCGUCGACUGGGCCCAGACGGGGAGGAGAUUGCAGAUAUUAUUGGGCCAGACGGCCAUACCGAGCAACUUCCACCCUACACGCAGUAUCCGGACGAAGCUAUUGCGAGGAAAACUCGCCCCUCCCUUCAGGUCCCCCUUCCUGGUGCCGGUGGGAUCGGUUUGGCUACCCGCAACCCCGAAUUUGCGUCGCGGGAAGAUCUCAAUUCACCUCCAUCCCGUCACUCCACACGCAGUCUAAUGUCUGAGUCGAGUCAUCAAAUCAAUACCGCUGCUCUUGCUGUCUCAGAGAAGCCCCAGUUGAAGAAAUGGCAACAGAUUGCACGGAGAAGAGUCUGUGGUAUUUUUCCUGUUUGGGCUAUUGUCCUCGUUGGAUCAGCCUUUAUUCUCCUUGCAAUCAUACUGUCAACCGUCCUUGCCAUUUUGCUGUCUCGACACCAACAGAAUAAGCAUCAUGACAGUGAUGGAGAGCACCCCCCAAGCCAAAUCUACACCGCAACCAUGACAACAAUGACAACUACAUGGGAUGCAUCUCCAUUCACAAAGGUUCCUCCAAAUAUCCAACCUCUUCCGACUGGGACCUACAUAUUACCCAUCUCUACCCCAUCUAUAGCACCCUCUGGUUGCAUUGACAAUCCAUCACAAAGUGAUGCUUGGUCUUGCGCCAUACCACCUAUGCUUCCUUAUCAGAUGAUCGUUUCCGGAAUUUCUAGCUCAAGUUACGUAUCGGACAACGAACUUACUCUUGACAUGGGCAACUACAGUAUCAAAUCUUUGGCAUACGGCGCCCAGCCUCCAAUUUUGACCCAACCUGAGGUUCUUUAUCUCGCGACAGAUAAUUACGAUCCCGAUCGAGGCCCGGCCUGGUUUUUCCAGACACCUUACGACAAACUUGUAAUUCUACCAGAAGGCGCCCUGACAUCGUCAAAUAGCAAGCGCUCUACUAAUUUACAUGACGAUGACACAGCUUCGGACUUUAUGCGCAAGGGAGUGGCGCAGCCAGGCGACAAACCAUGGUUCUGUUAUUGGAAUGCUACUUUGCUAGAGGCGUUUAUUUACGUCAACGAGACCAGCAGCGCUGGGGCUCGAGCGUCCUCUUCAAGUUACCCAACCCCAACAGGAGCUACAGCAACUCCAUAUUCCUCAGGCGUUCCUACUUCAAGUGCUUCACCAUACGGGUUUUCUGGGCAGGUGUCGGAUCCUGUCUUUCUCCCUUGUUACCCGAAGGUGGUCAAAGUUGAAGAACGUCGAAUUCCACCUCGAGAGCACAGUAUAGCUCCCUAUUGCGUUCAACACUAUAUCGAUGAAGACGGCUCGCCCCAUCCGUACACCAACAGUACGGGUGAACCUGUUACGAUUUACUUGAACGAGACGGAACCUACUGUUGUUUCCCCUAUGGGUCGACGUGCCGUUUUUGAUAACCUCGAGGGUGCGGGCCUAAGUGAACGGCAAUCGAGUUCUACCUGUGGUUGUGUGUGGUUGGCUCAGUGA